GCUUCACUUUCUGCCUCCAGAGCAUCGCUCCUCUCCCAGCAGCCAUGGGCAGCCACUCCACCAAUAUGCGGAUCAAGCUGCCCCUCUUCUGCCUCCUGCUCGAAACCGUCACCAUCAUCCUUUUCGCCGUCUUUGUGCGCUACGACCACGAAACGGACGCCAGCGCCUGGCACCACGAAAACCGCUCCGACUACGACAACGAUUUCUACUAUCGCUAUCCAAGUUUCCAAGAUGUCCACACCAUGAUCUUCAUCGGCUUCGGCUUUCUGAUGACUUUCCUGAAACUCUACGGCUUCAGCAGCGUGGCCUUCAACUUCCUGAUCGCAGCUUUCGGCCUCCAGUGGUCUACGCUCAUCCAAGGCUUCUUCCACGGCUUCCAUGAUGGAAAAAUUCACGUUGGUAUAGAGAGUAUGAUCAAUGCAGACUUCUGCACCGGCGCGGUUCUCAUCUCCUUCGGAGCUCUCCUUGGCAAGACGAGUCCGGUCCAGCUGAUCAUCAUGACUCUAUUUGAAGUGACUCUCUUUGGAAUCAAUGAAUACAUAAUACUGAACAUUGUUGGGGCCAAGGACGCUGGUGGCUCGAUGACCAUCCAUACCUUCGGGGCUUACUUUGGCCUGGUCGUAUCUCGAGUGCUGUACAGGCCUGACCUGGGGAAGAGUCGGAAGAGGGAAGGAUCAGUCUAUCACUCAGACCUCUUCGCCAUGAUCGGAACCAUCUAUUUGUGGAUGUUCUGGCCGAGCUUCAAUUCUGCAGUUACGGCCCAUGGGGAUGACCAGCACCGGACAGUGCUAAACACCUACUACUCCCUGGCCGCCUGCACAUUGUCCACAUUCGCCCUCUCAUCAUUGCUGAACAACGAAGGAAAGCUGGAUAUGUUAGAAUAA